AUGAACAUUGUGACCUCGUACUUUGUGGUGAAGCGGCUGCCAGGCAGCAUUUUUCUUGGCGAAGCCUCACUGCGGCACCGCGAUGCACGGCAGGAGGAGUACAUGGAAUGCAUUCGACGCAACGCGGCACACGCGGAGGUGGUGUCACUCCACAUUCUCAUCGAGGGCACCGAGGCGUACCGCCAAUUUCGUCAACGUGUCAUGGAGGACGAUUAUUUCUUUCAGUCCAAAGAAAUGAGGCGUAAAAUUGUGCCGGUGCUUUGGCCAGAGGCGCAGCCUACAUACGCGGAUCUGUUUCAACAUGCCAACAAGUUGCUGCGUGGGAAGCUGACGAUGAUCUGCAACGCAGAUGUUUAUCUCCCACAAGUUGGGGCGUCUGUGCGGGAGCUGCAGAAGUUGUUUGAUAGCGAUCCUACCCGUCGCCUCUCGGUGGCCUUGACGCGGUACGAAAGUGAGGACCGCCGUGACGCCCCUCUCAUUGAGGCGUACAGAGGAUCACAUGACGCAUUCAUUUUUCGUCCACCAACGGAGGCGUCGUUUGUGGAGAGUGUGCGGCACCCACAGAACUGCUACAAGGCAGAGAAUAUUGUUUUGUACGAAUUGCAGCGUCACGGCUACGUUGUGGUAAAUCCGUGCCGGAGCUUCAUGCUUGUCCAUCACCACACAGCGGACUUGCGUCAGUGGUUGCCAGCCGUGGAUGAGGAGCGGUACGCGCGGGCACCGCCCUGCACCAUAGCGGAGGCACUCACCAUGUUAAGACAAACAAACCGUUCAUGA